UUACCGUAUAAGCCCUGUACUUAAACUGAUACUGUAUGUGAAAUGUUUGUGGUGUUCAGGACAAUAGCGUACUUUCCAAGGAGUGAUGAUCAAAGUUGUUUGAUAUGCUUGGCUCUCACAAGGAGAGAAAACAGCAAAACAAAGCGCCAAUGAACUGGGAUGCAAAAACCCACUACCAAAUGCCAAUAUAAAGGACCAUAAAAGGGAGGAACGGAGAAACCCAAAACACCAAACGCAGCACUAGAAGUCUAGAACCAAGCAACACCGGCUUCAAAGCCUCCUCAUGGGCUAAAAUUAACCAAUCCUGAGGUGCCUUCUCGUUAUUUCUGUUUGCAUGCUCUACACUUAGCGUAUCACACCUGAGUGUGGUGAGUUGUAAGCAGGAAACAAUGCUUUGUUUGCUUUUAGGGCUAUAAAUGGGACUGUAUGGACGUGGGUUUGAGUGAAAAUUUGCAAAAAUAUAGGGAUUGAGAGAAAUUGAGAGACGUAGUUUCUUGUUUCUGGGGUUCUUGGAUUUUGUGGUCGAGAGUGUAAAAAUGGCUAUCAAUGAGAUUGAGCUCCAGGAGCAGCUUAAGGAGACUGGGAAUAGGCUCCUAGACCCUCCAUCAUCAAUUGAUGAGCUUCUUAAUAUGCUUGAUAAACUUGAGUGUUUACUAAUAAAUGUGGAGCAAGCACCAUCAAGAUCAAUGCAAGAUGCACUUCUAUCUCCCAUGAAGGCCUUGAUUUCUAAUGCCCUUUUGAGGAACUCAGAUACGGAUGUGAAGGUUUCUGCAGUGUCUUGUAUUAGUGAGAUUACAAGAAUAACUGCACCUGAUGCUCCUUACAGUGAUGACCAUAUGAAGGAAAUUUUUCAAUUGACCAUAGCAGCUUUUGAGAAGUUGUCUCAUGUGUCAAGUCGCUGUUAUACAAAGGCCGUUUCCAUUCUUGACACUGUUGCAAGGGUCAGGUCAUGCUUGGUGAUGUUGGACCUAGAGUUGGACGAACUAAUUAUAAAGAUGUUCCAACACUUCCUGAAGAUCAUUAGGUCCAACCAUCCACCUGCUGUAUUUUUUGCCAUGGAAACAAUUAUGACCCUGAUCAUAGAUGAAAGUGAAGAUAUAUCAGUUGAACUUCUCACUCCGCUUUUGGCCAGUAUAAGAAAGGAAAAUCAGAGUGUUUCUCCUAUUGCAUGGAAGCUUGGUGCAAAAGUUAUCGCUAAUUGUGCCGCUAAACUUAAACCCUAUGUCAAGGAAGCAGUGCAGGCCAUAGGCAUAGCUCUAGAUGAGUUUGCUCCUAUAGUUGCUUCUAUAUGCCAGGAUGAGAGUCUUACUCUUGAACAGAAUCAUGUCAAUGGUUCUGGGGACUAUUUGGUGACUAAGGGGCUAUCACCAGUUGCUGCUUCUCCUGGAGAAGUUUUCCAAGCUGUGGAUGCUAUUCCCAAGUCAACAACCAAAGGAAAUUGUUCGACUAGAAAUGCUGGCAAUGUCAUCCAGUGUAGUGAAAGUACUGAUGCACAAGGAGAUGCUGAAGCUGAAGUCAACUUGGAAAUGGAGCCAGGGACCAUUGCUAGGAAAAGGGGGUGGAAACCUAAUUCUUUGAUGAAUCCAGAGGAAGGCUAUGAUCAUUCUUGGAUUUCUGCAGGAAGAAAAACUGCAAAAUUACCUUGUGAGAGAAUAUCCCGUAACAAGGGAGUAGAUUUAAACCCAGAAAAUCCAGUUUCAAAGAAGGUAACGCUGCCAUUAGCACGUGUGAGAGAACUUACAGGAUUGAGACCAGAAACUGGUAGUGUUACAGGUGCAUCUUCCCCAUCUAUUAGUCAAAGCCUUACUGGUGGAAGUGAUCCUAAAAGAGGCUGGCGGAAGAAGAAUGUGAGCACUAUGAAUCAAGGUGCUGAUUCUAACUCAGAAGUAAAGCAACACAAGCACUCAAGAAAAUUAGUUCUAGCUGCAAAUAUUACCGAAGGGGCAUCUUUGCCUUCUGCAGAUGAGAAAGCUGGAUUCCUCAGUGAACAUGAGGAAAAACCACUGCAACAGUCGACAAAGAUAGAGGUAAGGAAUUUCAAAAGAGGCAGCUCACCAGUCCAAAAAAAUAUUAGGAAAAGAAGUUCAUUGAGUGGUAUUUCAGAUGUGAAUAUCGCUGAAGCAUCUGGUGUUAAGUCAACCAUAAAGAAAACCAAAUCAUCUAGAGAUGGAAGUUAUGAGGAAGAGAUCUCUAAAACAAAUCUCAAGAGGAAGCGGACACCAAGGAAGGAAGUGCCUUCUGAUCUUGGUGAGCAAUUGACUGGUAGAAGAAUAAAAGUCUGGUGGCCGAAGGACAAGACGUUUUAUGAAGGAGUUCUUGAUUCCUAUGACCCUAUUAAAAAGAAGCACAAGGUUUUGUAUGCUGAUGGGGAUGAAGAAAUACUAAAUCUCAGAAGGGAACGUUGGGAACUAAUUGGUGGUGCUAUUUUGCCUGAUGAACAGGAGCCCAAAACUGAUAUUCCAAAUGCUGAUCCUUCAUCUGAUAAACCACAAAAGCAAAACGGAGAAGUGAUUUUGGAGUCAGCCAAACAACGGAAGAUUGAUUUGAAAGGGAGCAGAGCCACCAGCAUUUCCAAGAGAAAAGCUAGAAAAUCUGCCGGUGCUGUUACACAGGAUGAACCUAUUGUUGCUGACAAAGCUAUGGAUGAUACAUCUAGGCCUAACAGUGGUGCUGAAGGUGAUGGCAAAGGAUCUACUGGCAAGUUGAAGAUCGGAGUCCGAGGACUGGAAUCAACUGCGAGCAGAAAACUGUAGAGACUGCAAGUCCAUCCUGUGAUGAAAGUCUCGGAGACAGUAAUGAAUUUUGUGUCACAGCCAGACCUAAAGAGGACACUAAACAGUCCAUUAAAAAGUGAGCAACAAAGUGAAGUGGGGAUCUUUGGACUCGGCUGACACUAGUUAAUAAAAACUAAUUAAAGCGUGUACAGAGACCAAGUGAUGAGAGGCUAGGAAGCUUUGUAAGACUUGGUUUGGUGCAGGGAUAGUCUCUUUGCAUGAAGUUGACAUAAAUAUUGUUUUUGCCUUAUGGUGUUUUGCCAAACUGAUGUAAACGAAUCCCUUUUAGGCAUGGCUGUAAAUAAACUAAGCUACUCAUGAGCUAUUUGAAGUUCGUUUUAUAAAAGCUCGGCUAGACUU